UAUCCGGUGUUCGGACCCACCCAGUCUUUCGACACUUUCAGAGUGUUGACUGUAACCUGAUCGUCGAUUGAUAUUUGGAAGGCUCCCACGUCGUGGAAAAUGACAUCAUCCUUAGGUCCCGGCACCAUGUUCAUAUGCAAUAAAGGCUUGUCGUCCACACUCCAACUGGCUGGAUCACUGAAUGCAGGAAAGAUUGCCUCGGGUUGGAAGAAAACUUCUGAAAGAAAGAUCUCAGAGCAUUAG